UGAAACUAAAAAGCGCAGCCGCCCAGCCCUAAAUCCUAAUUUCUCCCUUCUGCGAUUUCUGCCGUUUCUCCAUUCUCCAACUCUCCGUCUCAAUUAUCACUUUUAUUCAACUCUUGGUGGUUUCUCUGGGCGGACAACAGCGAAAUUGCGAGUCCCUCCCUACCAGAAACUAGAGAAAGAAAAUGUCUAAAAGCUUCGGAAAUCUGAAGGAAGACGACGGCUUUGCCUCUGAAGGCAGCGACGGUCCCAAGAAGACUUCAAAGACCGACGAUUCCGAUGAAUCCGACGGUAUCCUCGUCUGUGAGAUUUCGAAGAACCGUAGAGUGGCUGUGAGGAACUGUAAGGGGAAGGUCGUGGUUGAUAUCCGCGAGUUCUAUGUGGAAGAUGGAAAGCAAAUGCCUGGCAAAAAAGGCAUUUCAUUAACCCUGGAUCAGUGGAAGCUACUUCGUGAACAUGAGGGAGAAAUUGACAAGGCUGUUGCAGCAGGGGAAUAGUGAAAAUCUGAAUGUGUUUUUGCGGAGAAGAAGGUUAGGGAAUAGGGAAUUAGAUCUGGAAUGAAAUCAAUGAAAACUAUUCAUUUUGGUUUAAACGAAAAAUGAUUCAUUUUGAUUAGAGAUUUUUACUCAGAAGAUAUUAUUUGAAUUCUUAUCUCAUAC